AUGUUAGGCCACAACACUUGGACCCUUGCAUUGCUAGCGUCGCUACUGCCAGCAGUGACAUCAUCCGUCGUUCACCCUUCUCGUCGUCAAUCCAGUCUUGAAAGCUUCAUCCAGUCAGAAUCCACAGUUGCCCUUCAGGGGGUGUUGAACAACAUCGGUGCGAAUGGGAGUAGUGUGGCGGGUGCCUCCUCUGGCGUUGUUGUGGCAUCCCCAUCCAAGUCGAAUCCCGACUAUUUCUAUACAUGGACACGCGAUGCGGCUCUGACGCUGGCUAUGGUAGUUGAAGGCUUUAUGGCUGGAGACACCUCUUUAGAAAACGUCAUUCAACAGUACAUCACAGCCCAGGCCACGGUGCAGACCAUCUCGAGCCCGUCGGGUGGUCUAUCUGAUGGAGCAGGCCUUGGGGAGCCUAAGUUCAAUGUUGAUCUGACAGCAUUUACUGGAGACUGGGGACGUCCUCAACGCGACGGCCCUGCUCUACGUGCCUCGGCUCUCAUUGCGUAUGGCAACUAUUUGGUCGGCGCUGGGAAACAGUCAGUAGCAAAAACAAACAUCUGGCCGAUUGUUCAAAAUGACUUGAAUUAUGUCGCGCAAUAUUGGAACCAGACUGGCUUUGAUCUAUGGGAGGAGGUCGAUGGGUCCUCAUUCUUCACGGUCGCCGCUCAGCACCGUGCCUUAGUUGAGGGAAGUGCCUUUGCCACAACUCUCGGACAGUCAUGCGAUAUUUGUGACUCACAGGCCCCACAAAUCCUGUGUUUCCUUCAGGGCUUCUGGAACGGUACAUCCGCGAUCUCCAAUUUGCCUAGUGAUAACCGCUCCGGGUUAGAUGCCAAUUCAGUGCUUAGCUCCAUUCAGACAUUCGACCCGAAUUCUUCUUGUGAUGACACGACAUUCCAGCCUUGCUCUGCUCGUGCACUUUCUAAUCACAAGCUAUACGUCGAUUCCUUCCGGGCCAUCUACGGUGUUAACAGCGGUAAACCCACCGGCCAGGCCGUUGCUGUUGGACGCUACCCUGAGGAUACUUACCAAGGUGGUAACCCCUGGUACCUUACAACGCUUGCUGCAGCUGAACAAUUGUACGAUGCUCUCUAUCAGUGGAAGAAACAGGGGUCGCUAGCCAUCACCCAGACCAGUCUUCCAUUCUUCCAGGACCUUGUCCCCUCCGCUACACUCGGAAACUACUCUAGCUCUUCGUCGACAUACUCAUCUAUUACAAGCGCUGUCAAGACCUACGCGGAUGGAUUCUACUCUAUCGUUCAACAAUACACGCCCAACAAUGGAUCUCUGGCAGAGCAAUUCAGUCGGGACACUGGGACGGCACUCUCGGCCGGCGAUCUCACUUGGUCCUACGCUGCUUUUCUCACUGCAGCAGCGCGCAGAAGUGAAAUUGUUCCUCCCAGCUGGGGAGCCUCCAAAGCUAACAAAGUGCCAUCCCAGUGCCAGGGAGGCUCUGCUUCUGGAACCUACACCACCCCGACACUUUCACCAUGGUAG